AUGAUCUCUCAAUUCUUCGUGCUGUCGCAGAGGGGCGACAACAUCGUCUUCCGCGACUGUAUGAUGCUCUCUCUCCACCUCCCCCCCGCUUCCCCAAGUCGUAGUGUGCGGUGGCUUUCUGCUUCGUCUAGUCGCAGAUCUGGCCCCGCAUGGUCUUCUGGACGAUGCCCUGUCAGUUGAUCUCAUUGAGAUCGAUCAGUACCUAGCGCCUUGGUGAUCGUAACGUAUAGUUUUUAGGAAAUGCGAGGUUCGCCCUGUGGCCUCUGGGCGAGGGUCGUGUCGAUGGUCUCUUUCUCCCCCUGGUGAUUGCCUUUAUAAAUGUUGGUAAUUUUUUGGGAAUUCCAGUGGAAGGAAAUUUCCUGUUAGGUUCUGUAAUAGGCUUAAUGAUAGGCUGACACUACCUUCUUAUUUAGCAUAUAAAAUAUCAACGAUAUCGAUCAUUCUUUAGGAAGCAACAAGGUCAGCUCAAUAAUUUGAGUGGUAAAAAGUAGAUUCUUCGUGUUCAUUAUAAGCAUCAAUAAAGAUUUAGUUACUUAUUCUCCUUUAGACUUUCUAGAGGUUCUUUAUGGCUACGACUGGAGACAAAUGACAUGUUGAAGUUGGCUGUGAAUCCAUGUCAAAGAGAGAGAAUAGCAAUGUUUUCUUGUUUAUGUUAUAGAUGUUCGUAUUAUAGAUGGCCUUUCGUUCUAAAGUAAAUGACGUCGAUGAGAUGGAAUAAAUCUUCAUAUCUGCGCUAUAAAAGUUCUCAUGUAAUUUUUCUAAAACCCUAUUUUGACAGGUAUUUUCUCCACAUUUCAUAUAUAGAUGGCAUGAGGAUUGUGCUUGUAAUUCUUUAUACCAAUAAGAAACAUGGACAUAGGCAUGCACAUUCUUGAUUGAAGGAGCAUCCAUCAGAGUGAAUAAGUAUGCUGUAGAACUAGGAAUGCCAUUGAAAUGCUCAUCAUGGAAUCAUUGUCUCGAAUAGACAUUUUACGUUCAUAACUAACGGUUUUUAGGUAUGAAAGAUACUUGUUACUGGUUGUGCUGAUAUAUUUUUCAGAGAAUAUCCGGUAACUGCAAACCAUUAAUGAAGAUAUUGUGGCCUAUAGUAUCAUGGCAAAAAUAUUAUGGCAGUGGACAACAAUUUUAACUGUGUCAUAUUUUUUACAGGGAUGAAUUAACUUAAAUGGCCGUAGAUUGCUUAAUGCCCUCAAACUUAAUGUUUAUUAUUUUUGUGCACGUUCCAGAUCCCAGUCUUUAUCAGGAUUUUUAUUUUUAAAAACAUUGCAGUGGAUAUUUUGUGCUGUAGUGGCUUUUUGUGGCUCUUUAUUGGGUUCAUUUCUUGUGGGAUUGCUUGAAUUUUCUUACGUUUUGGCUUAAGUUGAGAUAUUACUGUUUUUGUGUUCACCUUGCCAUCCCCUUAGUGGUGCCCGCCCACUCCCCCCCCACACAGUCCUUCUCUGGAGCCUGUAAUAUCUACUCUUUGGAUAUGUGUUAUCCUGAAGAUGUAGUUGUGAUUACUAAUCUUUCUUUCCUUUAUUCUGCUACUGUGGACGUAGAUCGUGGUGAAAUACAGAAAGGAAGUGCUGAGAUAUUCUUUCGCAAAGUAAAGUUCUGGAAGGGAGAGGAGUCUGAGGAGGCACCACCUAUCUUUGUAGGUAUUUGUUAGAAGAAAACUGUUCGGGCUUGUGUACCAGUUUUUUCAAUUAUUCUUGUUGAAAUGUUUUACAUCUCUUUUAAUAGUUUGUGUUCUCACGCUUCUCAAAAGCAGUUUUUAUCUAUUGUACGUCUCUUCUAUUAAGAACUCGAGCAUUUCUUUAUUUUUUAUUCCAAUCUGUUAUUUUCUACUUUGUGACGUGCUGACUCUACCAACACUUCAAAAAAAUGGCUGGGCUUUCUAUUACGAAGCAAAAUAUAUUAAAAUAUAUUUUUAGUGCAGUUUGAAAAGAGAAAGAGCAAGGACGGACUUAAUCAGAGGCUAUAUCUCUUUGUACCUAGCUCAUUUCCAUACUUCUUCCUGAAUAUGCCUUGUGUAACCCUCCUUGCAUAUGUAUGUGAAUUUGAACUAGUUACCUUGUGCUGCGAAAUUGAGAUUGUUGUCUUCAAACAGUUCAUGGAACGUGGUUCAUGGUUAUCAACCAUGGAAAUGCAGUAAUAUGCCGCAUUGACUUGCGCAUAGAUAGCAUUUCACUGAUUUCACAUACACUAAGAUUCACGUAAACAAGUGGGAAAGAAGGGGACUCACUAUUUGUUUUCCAUGUUGAGGACAACACCAUGCUCGCAAAUACUGUCAUACUUAUCUGUAAUGUUGUUUAUAGUUUGAGAAUUAUGCACCUUUGAGGUCCUCAUGUCUCUUACUUUCUCAACUAGUCAGAAAUCUAUUUGAAGCUAUCAAAGGCUAAUGACUUCUUGAUGGUGGUUAUCAACAGGUUCAAUAUUUUUGCCUGAAAUAGUGGAGACGUAGUUCCCUAGGCACUAUUUCAGCCUAAGACACCCACACCCUGCACCUUAUAGUCCUAUUCCUUUGUUACCUUUCUUACAUAUUUCGUCUGAAGCUUCUUUCUAUCUAAAUGGAAACAUUAUCGUGUAUAUUUAGAUCAAAAUUUUCUCUGUCAGAGGGAUAAUAUUAAUGGCUUAAUCAUAAAGGAAUGCUUGAUGUAACUUAUUGAGCUAAUACAAUUAAUGGAACACUUAUGUAUAAUUUAUUUCUCUUUCUGUCAAUAUAUAUAUAUAUAUAUAUAUAUAUAUAUAUAUAUAUAUAUUGCAUAUAUCUCAUUAUCUCACACAGCACUCGACAUGCUACAUGUUGAGGAACUCUAGCCCACGUGCCAUUUGAACUUCUCGGUGCACAUAGGUGCAGGUGCAGGUGGAUGAAAGACGUGAACAGUGUGGGAAGUGCCUUUAAGCUUCGUACUAUGCGAAGUGGCUUUCUCAAUUGCAUAGCCCUAACAUUCCACAUAUUUCUUCAAUCUUUUCAAAAAUGUCGGACAACAGAUGUUCAGUGGUACAAGGAUAUCAGCAUUUAUUUGCUCCUUGUACCUUCCCAUGCAAAUCUCCAUUUUAUUCAGUAUGGAUAAAUGUGAUUUCAACCUCAGCAAAACUCAUUUUGAAUGAGAAAUCAGAUGAAGAAUAUAUCAGUACCAAUAUUCUUGUAUCACUGUACAUCUUUAUGCUUGUGGUAAAUUAUUUGAUGAGAAUAUCACUCAAUUUCAACAUGCUUUAUUCAUUGAUGGGAAACCUAUCAGUAGCAAUUCCCUUUCACUUUUGUCCAUUCUCAACUGCCAAGCGUUGUGGGUGUAAACUGGGUUUCUACAAUGUGGAACGGAAAAAGUAAAAUAUAUAAUUUAUACUUUCAGCAUUUUAACAACUUGCAUUUUUUAUCCAGUCCUUAUGCUAGCAGGUCUUUUAAAGAACGUUUCUGCUGGGCCUCCUAUCCCCAAACAAGAGAAAUGGUAUUCUAUGCUAGGGGGAAGCUUAACAACUUAUUGUUCACAGGGGUAACAGCAAUCUGCCUUUCAUGGAACUUCAAUAUUGUAGGAGUGCCCGGCGAAAUCCUUUCUGUACAUGAGCAGAUACUUUACUCUGGUCCAUUUAUGUUCAAUUUCUUACAGAUUUGAAGGACCUUUAUGUUAAGUGUAUCUGGUACUCCUUUUGCAAAAGCGAACUUGAACUGAAACUAGGCUCAAUUUUCAUCCAUUUUUUCAGUAUGGACUUGCCUAAGAUGGGAUGAAUUCCAUUUUAUUUACACGGUUCUCUUUAUCCCGAUGGUGUGAACUUUCUGCCGUAACUUUGACACCCAGUUUGCUUUAAAUACAUAAUUUUUCGUAGUUACAAUUUUGGUUGCUCUUGUAAUCUGAUAUAUAGUCGUGUUGCCCUUUUUAUCUAUGAUUCUUGGAUAGGUUGAUAUCCUGAUUGUUCUCAAUGCACACUCUCCACAAGUUCAUUCUGUACAUGAGCUUGUUUCGUAAUUUUUCAGUGUUACUACUUUGGCUGCUUACAUAAUCUACUGUUCUCGUGUCGUCCUUUCUAUUUGUGUUUCAAAUAAAAAGUGACAUUCAAAUCCUUGUGUUUGCAGAAUUUGGAUGGAGUGAACUAUAUUCAUGUGAAAGUAGCAGGAUUGUUAUUUGUGGCAACAACAGGGAUUAAUGUAUCACCGUCUUUGGUAUUGGAACUUUUGCAAAGAAUUGCUCGUGUCAUUAAAGACUACCUUGGGGUUCUAAAUGAGGAUUCAUUGCGGAAAAAUUUUGUUCUUGUAUAUGAAUUGCUCGAUGAAGUAAUUGUGAGUGUUCGCAAUGUUUAUCUUUAGGAGCUUUUCAUGGUUACUAAUUAAAACUUUUUUGCUCAUUUUUUAUGCACAUAUUCUUUGAUCCCACAUGUAGUCCCCCAAUUAUCCAUUGUUUUAUAAAAUUUAAGGGAUAAUUCAAUAUCUUUUGACCUUGAACUGCAAUAUUUUCUUCUUUAUAUUCUUCUGAGGGUAUGGACACCGCAGAGAGUUGGAUUUUUUUAUUGUGAGAGCCCAUGACGAAGUAAGAUAGCAGAGAAUGAUACCUGAGGUUGUCUAAACUAAGUCGCAAAUAACUUAUGAUUAGUCAUGAAGUUCCAUCCUGUUGCAUUAGAAUCAAGGUCAGAUAAACAUGAUCCAUGGAAACUGAGUCAGAUCAGGCAAUUUUAGCUUCAUUUCUCUGAGCCACGAGUCAAAUAACUACAGAUUUAAUCCUCUGGUUUAUGUGAUUCGUGUGAUAUGCCUAUAGUCAAUUGUAAAUUCACCUUUACUAGUCGCUGAGAUCUGGUGAUAUUUUCUUACUUGGCUUUGAUUCUUUGUAGACUUAGAAAGCUUGAAUAUGGGUCAACAAAAUAUGCUUAAAAUAGUCUGUGUACUUUUAAAUACAGAGGGGCAUAGCUAUUCGCCUUGUUUGGGCUAGGUGUCUUUUAAGGGCUCUAUUCCUUCUAAACAUUAUCUGAACGACACACUGCCAUCGCCUGCCAAACUUAAUUGAUUCAAGCUCCAUUAUCAUGGAGAAAAAUUGAACUAUCGUAUGCCUAUUUCGUUUAGCGCUUCUUCUUUUAUUACAUCCCUUACAAUCCUUGCCAGAAAAAUUGUGCACCCGGUCAUCAUAGAAGAAAAUGUAUUCUUUUAUGAUCAUCUUUUUUCAAGUAUAGAUGUUUAUCGAACCCUAACGUAGGUGAAUGGACAGGCAUAAAGCCUAGGGUUGCUUUUGAUCCUGUGACCACUCACUGUGGGACUACUGGUUGUAAUGAAGAGAGCUGAAAACUCUACCUAUUAUGUCUGCCUGGGCAUUGUUUGGUCCACUGUUCUGUGAAACCGCAGUGGAUCCUCUGUUUUAGAAGGUGAGUGCUGAAUACCUGACAAUUUUCAAUAUGUCCUCUCUGAUGACUGCUCCACCUAGCCAUCGUCUUACAAUUGGAUAGGUACAUCUUUUAACAGCCUGUCUGCUGCCCAUUAGUCUUAGGAUCAUCAGCUGAAAACUCGAGCACAUUAUGCCUACACUUCUCACGGCUUCCAUGAGGAUGCCUUGGUUAAUAAUGGUACUCAGUGAAUGCUGAUCAAUUGUGCAACUCUAUCUACUAUUAUCAUCAAUGAAAAAAGAUAUUUGCGUAUUUUUUCUUGACUUGUUGCUUUCCUUGCCCAGAUGGAAUUUAUUUGCAGCCCUUGAUAUAGAAUUUCGCUGUUUCAAUUGUUUCAAUUUAUCAUGCGUUUUCUCAUUGGUCCAUUCUUUGAACUGGAAUUUUUUAACAAACUCAUUCCAUGCUCUGUGUAAACAGGAUUUUGGUUAUCCUCAAACAACAUCGACAGAACUUUUGAAAUCUUAUGUAUUCAAUGAACCACUUGUCAUUGAUGCAGCUCGUUUACCAGCUCUUGGGCCUGCAGCCAUGUUUAUGGUAUAGCCAAGCAAAAUCACCAAAAGCGAUUAUCCGUGUUAGUCAAGCUUGGUGAUUUUAACUUUUAUACUUCUUUUCAUGUGUACAGCAAGGAGCUAAGAAAAUGCCAGGUACUGCAGUUACCAAAUCUGUUAUUGCCAUUGAACCUGGAGGGAGGAAGAGGGAGGAAAUAUUUGUGGAUGUAAUAGAGAAGAUAAGUGUGACAUUCAGCUCCAGUGUGAGUGUUUUUAGUAACAGUUGCUCAAGCCGCAUGCUUCAGUUUCUCAUUUUUUAUGUACGUUUGGGCAGCAAGGAUAUAUAAUUUGAAUGAAUACUUAUUUUAUCAUUGUAAAAGAAUUCAAAGAAAGAGGGAUUAGUUUUCUCGCUUUCAAGUGGGGCGGUCAUUGUCAUCUUUAUAAUUUUAUUAUCUGAUCUGCUAAUCCUUGACCAAAUCAUCUGAGAACUGAUUCAAAAGCCUAUGUAGAUUUGACUAAACUGAUUGGCCUGUUGAUGAAGCUUGUAAUGCUUGUAUUUUCGCCUGGUACUUGUACACUUAACCUUCUUAGCUGCCCGAUACUAAGUAAUCUCUUCCUUAAUGCGUUGGCAGUAUUAAAUACAUUCUGGACCUGCUCCCUUUUAUCUUCCUCUCAUUAUUGCUAAGUUUAAAUUAUUUUUUUAUUGCAACUAAUGAUCUUCUACAAUUUACCAGUAAUGUAAUGUGAACAGUUCUUGUCAACAGGGGUAUAUACUUACCUCAGAGAUUGAUGGAACCAUCCAAAUGAAAAGUUAUCUUACAGGGAACCCAGAAAUACGUCUUGCUCUCAAUGAGGAUCUGAGCAUUGGAAGGAAUGGAAGUUCUAUCUAUGGUACCCAGAAACCCUUUUCCUCUGGCUAUUGUUAAUCCAUGAUGACUGACAUGUAUAUUAGUUCUGUACGCAAAUCAAUUUUGAUGUAAAUUCUGAUAAGGUUGGUGUAAUAUGGGCUCCCAGAGCUGAAAACCGUACAUUUUGAGUUCCCUUAGAAAAUCGUUCGGCAAUUUAUUGACAAAUUAUUCUUAAAGAUAACCACUCACGUGAUAUAUUUUUAUUUGUGUAAAUAUCGACAUUUCACUUUCUCUUUGUGUGCCAUAGGUUAUAGUAGUUCUACUGGAGGUGGGAUGGUGAUACUUGAUGAUUGUAACUUUCACGAGUCUGUGCAACUUGACAGUUUUGAGGUAGAUCGAAAAUUGACAUUGGUGAGUUUACCGCUUUAAGUUUAUAUGACGAAUGUUUAACAUAUUGGACUUAAACGUUUCUUGUUAUUCUGCUAUUCAACAUUCAUGUUUGUGGGAGAGAAUGAUUUUAAGACUGUGACAUGCUGAUCUUGUUAGAAGUUAUUUGUCUGUCUACCUGGGUGCUGCAAACUUAUUGGUACUUUUUUUUUUCUCCUCCAUAUUUCAUUAAUGUCACUUUCACCUUUCCCAGUGUUCGGUACUUUAAAUGUACAAACAGGAUGCACAUAUUUAAGCCAGGUUUCUGAUAGGCAUGGUACUUUCUCAUACACAAGUAUGAUUUACGUUUUCGUCCAGCCAUGUUUCGAUCUUGUCAUGCAGCCUGUGUUUCACCGUCACAGAGGACUCUUGCAUCUGUUAACUUAUUGUCUUUGUUAAUGUGUAUUUCUGUCUAUGUUUGCAGCCAUGUGUGUACUUCUUUUGGUCUCGCAUGCAUGUAUCUUUUGGUAUUUGUACGUCAUGGUUUCAUUUGUUCUGCUCUUUGUAUUCACUAACACAUACUUCUUUUCUCAGAUUCCUUCUGAUGGAGAAUUUCCUGUUAUGAAUUACCGUAUGACCCAGGAGUUUAAACCUCCUUUUCGUAUAAAUGCAUUGAUUCAAGAAGCAGGGGCUCUGAAGGUUUGGAUCUUUCUCGUUUUGUAUCAGCGUUGAGUUUUAUCCCGUGCCAAAGUUGACUAAAAAUUAUGAUUUUUACUCUCUUAUGAUUGUGUUUGAAUAUGAUUUCUUCUCUGUGAAGUUCAGGCUGAGGUUAUUCUUAAAGUUAGAGCAGACUUUCCUUCAAAUAUCACAGCAAAUACAAUUAUGGUGCAGAUGCCAUUGCCCUCUUACACAACAAGGUAUUUUUUGGUUCUAAUUUGACGCAUGGUAUCAUGCACAUUUGCAUUUAAGACUGUAGGACUCUUCAAGCACAGCACCAUCCGUUUCUAUAUUUUUGGUGGCAGAUAAGAUGACCCUUGGCAAGCAGUUCUUUCUGAAGGAAUUGAUUUUGGCAUGUUUUACAAAUAUUUUUCGGCAAGAUCAAAUAAGCUUUUCUGGUCGCAAUAAUUCCUCAGGGUUAGUUUUGAGCUGGAGCCUGGAACUGUUGGGAACACCACUGACUUCAAGGAAGGAACGAAGAGACUGGAAUGGGGUUUGAAAAAGGUUAGGGAUUAUCGUCCCUUUGUAUCAUCUGGAUUCGUAAUGCUUGUUGAAAGAUAGAUUUCUGAUGUAAUAUUAGUUAUAACUUAACAACUUCGUCCUUUGAUUCGUGAAAUCUCGUAGCGAACAGCCAAACAUGAAGUACACAAUGUAGCAGCACUUAUGUUUCCUUUGAAUUCACACAUUAACUUUGUAUAUAUUUCCAGAUUGUUGGUGGAUCCGAACAUACUCUUCGCGCAAAACUCACUUUUAACCAGGAAUCACAUGGUAGGACUUCCAUUCCGGCCUGUGAAUCAGUUUCAUUUUAUUUUUCUGUACCUUAUGUUUUUGAGGAAACUCUUCUAGUUUCCCACUUUUGUAUGAAUAAAUGGAUUGUUCGAUAUCACAUAGUGACCGAAUCUGAUUAAGCUGUCUAUAUCCCUAUUUUCAAAGAUGUAGUCAUUGAUUUUUUAUUUUUUAUUUUAUAUAUAUAUAUAUAUAUAUAUAUAAUCUAGGAAACAUUAUGAGGGAAGCGGGGCCUGUCAAUAUGACUUUCACAAUACCAAUGUACAACGCUUCCAGGCUUCAGGUUUGUGAUUCAUUAUUCUCUAAUCUCUUAUCGUUAAUAACUUGCCUGUAUGUAUCUUCUAUAUAGUUUGAAUUCUGUGUAUAUUUGAUCCUUUGAAAUUCAUUGGGAUAACGCUUUGUUGUUUCUUCUGUAUUAAAUCCCAUAAAAAAUAAAUAAAUAAAUAAAUAACAUGAAAUCAUGCUUAUGAGCGCUGGUUUUUGCCGGAUUCUGGAAGUGGGUGCAGCCGCCUACAUGCAAAUGCUUUGUGUAGGCGUUUACUUGAGAUUUAUUUGACACUUUACAUUCAUAGUUUGAGAUAGUAAGAUCUCUGUCUAUCUGUCAUCCUCUGUUAUUCUGCUCUCACACCUCUACCACCCUAAUUGAACCGAACCCCUCCAUUGGCUGCACCUUUGACAGCAUUGCUAAAACUUUUAUCUUCAGGGCCACCAUCUCUCUCUCUCUCUCUCUCUCUCUCUCUCUCUCUCUCUCUCUCUCUCUCUACAUUUCUUUUUCUCUCAUCCCGCCUCUGAUUUGCCAAUGUAUGCCCUGGGUCCUCUAUAUUCGGUGAAUUACAGUCGCAGGAGCUGAAUUGCUCCCUUUAGAUACAACGAGUCUAGAACAAAUUGUCCGGGCAUAGAAAGACUCUAACACCCCAAAGAUUCUGUUCCCACACUUGUUCCCUUUCAAUGUGCAGUCAGUAAUCUUCCUGCUCAUCCACUACACCAAGAUUUCUGAUUUGUAUCCUUCUUUUUCCGUGGAAAGGUAGCACUUUGGGUUGGUGUUAUUCAGAAAGAAACCCAUGGUGAUCUUCCGUGAUCCAAAAGUGGAAAAAUCUUGAUGAACACUGGACUACUUUGAGGAUAUUUACCAUGUAGAUUCUUCCUCGUGAUAUUUAAAUUGCAUUUGUGGCUGGAUGACCUAACCUUGGGGAAAUUUGAUCUGCUUGCAGGUAAGGUACCUAGAAAUAGCAAAAAAAUCUAAAACAUACAACCCAUAUCGGUGGGUGCGGUAUGUAACGCAAGCCAAUUCGUAUGUCGCUCGUUUGUGA